GAGCUCGUACGAAAUUCUCACACUUCGAAGCAUCUUAAGAGCGGAGUCGGCGAGGCUCACAGCCUCGAAAGACGGCUCACAGGCGGAAAGAGGCCCGCCCUUCGUCACUCCGCCGGCGGGGUAAUUUCGAGGAGACGCCGGACACGGUUGGCCCCACUGCCGAGGAGGGUUGCUUUUCAGUUGUCUGCAGCUUGCCUGCUGUCAGUGAGCGUUUUCUGUGUCUGUUUCAUUCUUGUCUACAUGGACUUUAAUAAAGCUAUUUAAGGGUAUGAUGUAGCGGAGGGUUGGGGGUCUGCUAGAUCAUGCAUCCACCAACCAACUAUAAUUCUCCACCUUUGGCCAAGUUUUUCCAUGCUCUCCCUCAUAUUAACAUUUCACUGCAUCUUGUAAAUUCUACAUUUGCCCCGGACAGCGAUGUCUACUUGGAGUCACUCGGAAUCCUUGGCUCUAUACCAGCCCUUUGGCUUAUUUUCACCCUGCUCCUCCUCCUGCUGUACCUCUGUACGAGAUGCUGCGACCGGAAGCCAAGGCCGAAACACAGUAUUGUCAUCCUCAAAUGGACACUGUCCUUCUUCACGAUGUUCUGCUGUGGGGCCGUAGGAGUAGGGCUUUACGGAAAUGAUGAUGUUCACAAUGGGAUGCUUGAGCUGCUCACUGCAGGCCGAGCCAUGCACGAAACGAUUAGCAGUGUUAAAAAUCAAACAUUGGCUAUUGAUUCGACCCUCACUCUAAAAGUGAAGCGUCUCCUUACCCAGUUAGGAGACGUUUUUGAUGAGCCCGUGAGCAACCAAACAGCCCGGGCCGUGCUCUUGAGGGUGUUAGAAGAGAUGACAUCAAACACUAGCGUAGCACUGGCAAGCCUUCAAGACAUUUCUAGACCCCUAAACCCAGUAACGUUGGCACCUGCAUUAGAUACCUUACAAAAAGCUGAAGAUAUCAGGUGGCCUGUUACGAUGGUUGUUUUAAGCAUAUUACUAGUCUUUUGUGUCAUACUUUUAUUUGGAGUCGCUAGGCACUCACGAUGUGCUCUCAUCACAUUUUCUGUAUUUGGUUUGUUCGCUGUUAUAUUUUCAUGGCUGAUGGCAUCCUUGUAUUUAACAGCAUCUGUUGCGCUUGGAGAUUUAUGUGAAACCCCUAUGGUGCUAAUUAAGCUGGAAGCACCAGCACCCUUACACCAUGACUAUCUAAACUAUUAUAUGACUUGUGAGCAUGGAGAUCAAAACCCGUUUUGGGUAAUUCUGCUAAAAGCGUCAAAGGCAAUAAGCAAUGUCACGGAUGGUGUAAAUUCUAUGACUCGAAUUGCUAGGCAGCUGUAUAAACCUCACCAGCUACACCCCAAGCUGGAUAUGCUUGCAAAGGAGAUAAAACUAGCGUCAAACCUAAUCAACAGUCUUACAACAAAACUGGAUUGCACCCAAAUUCACAACCAAUAUAUGGCUGGGCUCCAUGCAGUUUGUGAAAUGGCUCUAUUUGGAUUGACUUUUAUGUUGGCUGCAAGUGUUGGAGCGGGAUUUCUCUUUGCUAUCCUUGUGUGGUUGGACUCGCACACGUGGAUAUAUAUUAGAAAAAAGAGAGAAUAUUUACAGGUGGAUGAACAGGAUCCGUUCUUACCACCUACAGCAGCUUCACAGGCAAUUGCAGCACGGACGCUCCAUGGCCAAGGGUCGUAUGGCACCCCUUUUCCAUUCUCGCACACGCAUGCUCAAACUCCGCCUUACCUAAACACGGGCCUGCAUGGAGCAGGACCUGGGGGUAUCUGUGAUAGGAGCGGAGUUAGCCAGUACGCGACUCUAAAUAGAAAAUUUAGGACUCUUGAACAUCCUUCAGCAUCAAGGAGGGGUGACAUUGGCAUGACAGGCAGAAGGAGUGAGGCAGGAAACUCGUACACACUUGGAAGCAGGAAAUCUCGGUCUGAUGGUCCGGGACAAUACAAUACGCUUUCAAAAAAAUGCAAGACACUCGAAUCAUCAGAUUUUUACUGAAAAGAGCCGGUCGAGCGUGAGAAAUCGGUCUACGCCAUCACCGACCUCUAAGCCCGACCGUAACUCAGUUCCCAGUUUUAUAUUGUUUUAUAAUUAAAUAUUUGUUGAUAUUUUGA